UAUAAAUAUAUAUACGACAUAUUUUUAUAUCAAAGAACCACAACACAAAGAACACUUCCAAUAACUCCCUCAACAACACAUUAGUUCCCAAAUGGGGGGUUCUACUAGCACUUCCUCCAAUACAGUGUCAUUGUUAACAACCAAAAAGAAAACUUUCAAAGACAAAACAUUCACAGCAGCAGGCAACCUCAUCAAGCUCCUCCCAACUGGCACCGUCUUCUUGUUCCAGUUCCUCAACCCUGUCUUGUCCAACACUGGCCACUGCGCCACCGUCAACAAAUUCCUAAGCGCCAUUCUCAUCGCCAUUUCCGGUUUCUCUUGCUGUUUUGCUUCCUUCACUGAUAGUUACACCGGCAGUGAUGGAAAAACCCACUAUGGGGUUGCAACAGCUAAGGGUCUUUGGCCCUCAAGAAAUUCCAACUCCGUGGACUUGUCUGCUUACAAGCUUAGGUUUGGGGACUUUGUGCAUGCCUUCUUUUCCUUGAUUGUGUUUGCAGUUGUGUCACUUUUGGACACCAACAGUGUCAGGUGCUUCUAUCCAGGGUUUGAGUCCACUGAGAAGGUUUUGCUGCAGGUGUUGCCUCCUGUCAUCGGUGUAAUUGCCUGUACUGUUUUCUGUGUGUUCCCUAAUAAACGCCAUGGAAUCGGAUACCCCUCCUCAAGUUCUGAUUCGUCACAAGACUCGGACAAAUCCUGAAGGAAUUGAAGUAUCUGUGCUUCUUGUUUAAAUAAGGCAUUAGUGUUUGCUUAAUUUCUUCUGUAUAUCGAUCCCUUUGGAAUGCAUGUAACAAGUUUCUAUUGUGCACUAAAUUUUCCAUUUAUGAAUUAUAACUUGAUCUCAAUUCUCAAGUAGUUUGAUAAGAA